AUGAGCGUUGACCCACUCGCCCUGGUCAGCGACGACCAGCGCGAGCUGCAGCGCCUGCUCAAGGAAAACAGGGAGCUAAGGCAGGCUAACGCCCAGCUGCGUGUUUCUGUGGAGACGAAAACUAGUAGAGGCAACGGCGGUUCUGGCGGUGUGAAAGACGCUGCGGCGGCCGAAAAAGGGCGCGACAGCGCCGGCCCAUCGGGCGAGUCGGUGGGAGGUAACAUCCCUUCCACCGCGGUGAGCGUGCGACGGCUGAAGGACGAGCUGCGACACUCGAAAGAGGCGUUGGAGGAGGCCAGGCGCGAGCAGGCAGCGGCGCGGGAGGAGUAUAAGCGGAUAAAGUCCCUCUUCGAGGCCUUCGUGGUGGAGGCGUGUGAGCGGGAGGAGGCGUGCAGGCACGUCUUCGCCAGGGUCUACGAGGAGGUUGAGGAGCAGCAGAGGCUCUGCGAGGGGCUGCAGCAACAGUUGCAGGAGCGCCCGCCUCCGGCGUUGGUGGCACCGGUGGUGGCCGGUGUCGACCCCGCCUCGCUCUUUAGCCUCGUGGACAGCCUGCGUGCCUCGCUCGGGGAGCUCGAGCAUCGCCUGGGCUAUAGCGGAGACACUGGCAGCCGUCACACCGCCCCCGCCGCCGGCGGCGGCGCGCCACGCGUAGCACGCCGCGCGAAGGCACCACCUACGCCUGAAGCGGGCGCGACGCGAGGCGGCGGAGGAGGCGGCAGCCCCCGCAGCCAUCAACAGCAGCAAGGAGGAGGCAUCCAUCAACCGCAGCCGCUCUCGCAAGGACCGGACGGCGCGGUGCGUUUGGUGUUGCCAGCGCCAGGCGCGGGGGCCCUGCGUGCGGCCACGGUGAUUUCCGGGGCA